CUCCCGUCGAAUCGGGAAAUCGCUCGCUCGCUAGCUGAGUGAAAGACUCUGCAGACGAUCGAUUGAAGAAGAAGGAAGGAGGAAGAAGACGAAGAUGGUGAAAGUGGCCACGUUCUUCGCGAUGUCGCUCGGCGCCUUCGUCUUCUGGCAGUCCAUGGACAAGGUCCAUGUCUGGAUCGCUCUCCACCAGGACGAGAAGAAAGAGAGGAUGGAGAAGGAAGAGCAGAUAAGGAGGGUCCGGGAAGAACUUCUGCAGCAGCAGGCAAGAGAAAAAGAUCCCCUCUCGUGAUGACUUCCCGUUGGUUUCUCGGAAAGGUUUUCUGUGUUUUGUGACCCCGUGAUGGAUCAUUGUUUCUCUGAACUUCCGUGCUCCGAUAAGAACUCUGGGCUUAGAUGCAUGAAUUUUAUUAUGCUCCCGUGUGGAGUUAGCAUUGUACUCAUUUUUCUGUCUCUGAUGCAUCUUCAAUAAAUUUAGUGUUCCUGAAUGAGAGAUGUUUUGGUACACGCUCGUGGAUGAUUUCUUGAUGAUGGAUGUUCAUCUUUAUCUUUGUCAAAUCUUUAUGUUACUGUCCAAUGCUGGGUCAGUAUAUGCUCUUGAUAUAUAAAGAAUAAAAAAGGCCCGGAAUGAA